UCCCUGUAUCCCCUGCCCAUUCGCCUGUGUUUUAUUGAAGAAACCGCGGCGUGGAGCGGUUGGCGUGAGGUGGAUUGAAGUUUAACGGUCCUGUACCGGCGGCUGGGUCGGGGAAAGGGAAAAAAAACUAUUAAUACGAAGAAGAAGUUUGGAGCUCGUACGUAAGGAUGAGACAGGCCUGGAUUCUCGCGCUAGUGUGCGCGCUCCUGGCGUUCGCUCACGUUAGAGCUGAAGAUGAAACGGUCGAGGAAGAUCUCGGGAAAAGCAGAGACGGAUCACGGACCGACGAUGAAGUUGUUAAAAGGGAGGAAGAAGCUAUCCAAUUGGAUGGACUGAAUCCUGCUCAAGUUAAAGAAAUCAGGGAAAAGGCUGAAAAAUUCAUGUUCCAAGCAGAAGUUAACAGAAUGAUGAAGCUGAUCAUUAAUUCACUGUAUAAAAAUAAAGAGAUAUUUCUCCGUGAACUGAUUUCUAAUGCUUCCGAUGCUCUGGACAAGAUCCGGUUGAUAUCCCUCACAAAUGAUACUGCACUACAUGCCACAGAAGAGAUGACCAUCAAGAUAAAGGCUGACAAAGAGAAGAACAUGUUGCAUGUCAUGGAUACAGGCAUUGGAAUGACCAAGGAUGAGCUGAUUAAAAACCUUGGGACAAUUGCAAAGUCUGGAACAAGUGAAUUCUUAAAUAAGCUGACAGAGGUGCAAAGUGAUGAUCAAUCUGCCUCUGAGUUAAUUGGCCAGUUUGGAGUUGGAUUCUACUCCGCUUUCUUGGUGGCAGAUAAGGUUAUUGUAACAUCAAAGCACAACAAUGGUACACAGCAUAUCUGGGAAUCUGACUCCAAUGAAUUCUCUAUCAUAGAGGACCCACGAGGAAAUACGUUGGGACGUGGUACUACUAUUUCAUUAGUCUUGAAGGAAGAGGCAUCUGACUACCUUGAACUGGACACCAUCAAAAAUCUUGUAAAGAAAUAUUCUCAAUUCAUCAACUUCCCCAUCUAUAUCUGGAGCAGCAAGACAGAAACUGUAGAAGAACCAAUGGAUGAGGAAGAAACAAAGGAAAAAGAAGAAACCGAUGAUGAGGCAGCAGUUGAAGAGGAAGAUGAAGAAAAGAAGGCUAAAACUAAGAAAGUUGAGAAAACAGUCUGGGAUUGGGAGCUGAUGAAUGACAUCAAACCAAUCUGGCAAAGACCAACUAAAGAAAUAGAAGAUGAAGAAUAUACAGCUUUUUACAAAACCUUCUCAAAGGAUUCUGAGGAACCAAUAGCUCAUAUCCACUUCACUGCUGAAGGAGAAGUCACAUUCAAGUCUAUCUUGUUUGUGCCUAAAACUGCACCCCGUGGUUUAUUUGAUGAAUACGGAUCAAAGAAAUCUGACUACAUUAAGUUAUUUGUUCGUAGAGUGUUUAUCACAGAUGACUUCCAUGACAUGAUGCCAAAGUAUUUGAAUUUCAUCAAGGGUGUAGUGGAUUCUGAUGAUCUACCUCUGAAUGUGUCACGUGAGACUUUGCAACAGCACAAAUUGUUGAAGGUCAUUAGAAAGAAGCUUGUACGCAAAACGCUAGAUAUGAUCAAGAAGAUUGCAGAAGAGAAGUAUGAAGAUGAAUUCUGGAAGGAAUUUGGAACUAAUAUUAAGCUGGGUGUAAUUGAGGAUCACUCAAAUAGAACACGUUUGGCCAAAUUACUACGUUUCCAGUCCUCUAACCAUGAAACUAAACGGACCAGUUUGGAGCAGUACUUGGAAAGGAUGAAGGAGAAGCAAGACAAGAUCUACUUCAUGGCUGGAUCAAGCAGAAAAGAGGUUGAAUCUUCUCCUUUUGUUGAACGACUACUGAAGAAGGGUUAUGAGGUUCUGUAUCUGACAGAACCUGUUGAUGAAUACUGUAUCCAAGCUUUGCCUGAAUUUGAUGGAAAGAGAUUCCAGAAUGUUGCAAAAGAAGGGCUGAAAUUUGAUGAAAGUGAAAAGGCUAAAGAGAAACAUGAGGCAAUGGAGAAGGAGUAUGAGCCACUCUUAACCUGGCUAAAGGACAAAGCACUAAAAGAUAAGAUUGAGAAGGCUGUACUGUCCCAGCGUCUAACAGAUUCUCCUAGUGCACUUGUGGCCAGCCAGUAUGGGUGGUCUGGUAACAUGGAAAGAAUAAUGAAGGCACAAGCCUACCAGACUGGAAAAGAUAUUUCAACAAAUUAUUAUUCUAGUCAAAAGAAGACAUUUGAAGUUAAUCCAAGACAUCCUUUGAUAAAGGAGAUGCUGAAACGAGUUAAGGAAAAUGAGGAGGAUCAGACUGCCACUGACCUUGCUAUGGUAUUAUUUGAGACUGCCACGUUACGCUCUGGUUACCAAUUACCAGACACCAAGGCCUAUGGCGAUAGAAUUGAAAGAAUGCUUCGCUUAAGCAUGAAUGUAGAUCUCAAUGAACAGGUUGAAGAGUAUGAAGAGAUAUCUGAAGAGGCUGAAGAACAAGAGGAGAAAGAAGAUAUUGCAGAUGAUGAUGAUGAUGAAACAGAGGAAAAACAGACUGAGGAAUCCACAGAUGUAAAAGAUGAAUUGUAAGGAAUUUGAAGACUGCAAUUUACACUGGGAAGGUGUAAUAUACUGAAAUGAGACCAUUUGAACAGGAUGAACAAACCAUUCACUAUCCCUAUUAAAGGUCUGGGAGGGCGAAAGUUUUGUAUGUUACUUGCAUUCCUUCAAGUGAAAUGACUGUAAAUUUGUAAUAUUUAAAAUGACUUUGUGAAACUUGUCAUGUAAACCAUAAAACUUUUCCAAAAACUU